AUGGACUUCGCCAUUGCGACCAAGCACCUCAUUUACCCUCCCUCCGAGGUACUCAUCCGCAAUCACACCUUCCCAGCUCCACGCGAGAAGGAAAUCUACGUGGAGGCCCGCUAUGGACCUUCCUGGCGGGUUCCUGACCAUCAGGCCCGGGAACUGGCAGAGAAGUAUCCGACUUUGGAUGAGGCUCGGGUAUGGUCCAAGAACAUGCUGAUGCUGAGGGAAGCCCGGCAGGAUCUGCAUUCUGGGUACAGGCUCUUAGAGCGCGCCACAGUGAACUUCAAGAGUGGCGAUAUCCAAGUCCGCGCAGAUCAGGAGGCACCUCGCUACCUUGCCAAGAAGGUCAUCUUGGAGGGCUUCGAAAUGUCGAAGGACCGGAAGGUCAUGGGUGGCAAGGUGACCAUCUUCCCCCCAGACAUGGAGGAGGACCAGAUUGUGGAGUACGUCAUGUACUGGGCCAAGCAGGAGAUUUCGUGGUCUGACGAGCUGAUUCUGCAGCGCCCGGGGCAAACGCAAGCCAGCACAUGCAUCGGACACCACGUUCUUCUGCGAUUGGCGCUUUGCUUCACCGGAGCAAAGGCUGUCGAGCCGGAGCUUGACGUGAUGUACCUGAAAUACAAGGAACAGCCCAUUGACACCACGCCGGUCUUCAAUCGGAUGGAUGUCAUGUACAAUGCGACCCUAGACUUCAAGAUGGGCUUCUUUGCGGUUCAGGCAACGCCCCUGGGUGCUGCCAUCGUCACGAACAUUUAUCUGUGUCCCAAUCUGGAUUGCUUGCAUCACGAGACCCCGCGGGCCAUGAUAGACUUCUCACAGAACAUUGUGCUGGAUCCUGGUGAGAAGACGCUAUACAAGUUCGAUGUGGAGCUGCAUGGCAGAUCACGGACUUACACGCUAAACGUGAACCGACUCUUGGGAACAGAGACCAACUUGAGACACGUGAUCGUGGAAGGGAAUACCCUCUAUCCCAAGUUCAGUCCUACUCACCAUGGACUGUACCGGUGCUUCCUGGAUGUGUCCACAGAGCUGGCGAUGCUGGAGUUACAUCUGGAGGACCAGGGGCAGACGGUCCUGGCGGAAGCGGAGGAUCCAGUACCUCUGAAAGACGACAACAUCACAGAGCUGGACAACUCCCAUCCAGAGUCGCUGAGGUCUUCCCCGCUUCGGAGGCUUAGGGAGGAGGCUUAUGGAGAGUUUCAGUAUCCCAACAAGUACCUGCAGUUUCCUGUGCCAAUGGGGAUGAAGCGCAAGAUCCGCCUGAAGGUGAUCUCCUCUGAUGGUGGACAUUUCGGCUACUACCAGAUGGACUUAGCGCGGCAGGCUUGCAGUACCGAGCUGCCUCUCUUCGACGUCCGCGCCCGCCGCUGCGUACGCUUCUGCGACGUUGGCUACUGGCCUGACUAUCCUGCAGGGCGCUGCAAGCGCUGUGCAGAUCUUUGUGUCAGCUGCCUCUCAGCGCACGAGUGCGUCCUCUGUCCAAAGCCUACGACGGAGGAGCAGUUCAAGCUGGAGGCUGGAAAGUGCGUAGCCCAAACUCGGCCCUUCUGGCAGCACACGGAGCGAGCACUGGCCAUAGCCCUGGGGAUUGCGGCCUCACUGAUCUUCUGCUGUGGCCUGGUAGCCUUCCGCCUGGCGCCUUCAGAGCGCCUGAGCGGUGCGGAGCCCGAAGAUCGUCAGGGAAACUUGCCGCUGGCCGACCCUCGGACCUGGGGUGCCCGGAAGCGCAGGGCAGCUCGUGUGAAGACCACUCAGUCCAAGAAAGCCGCAGAUGAGGAGUUGGAGUGUGAUUAUGAGAUUGUUGCCGCGUGCGUGGAUUCGGGUCUCUCUUGGGACCCGGAUGGCAACGGAGCCGAAACCUCUUCGUCGACUUCCGCAGAGUUCUGGUACAACAGCGUGGAGGAGAUGCGGCCGGUGGGAAGGCUUUGGCGCUGCAAAGGCGCAGCCAACCCCUUCAAGGCUUGCAGUGUCCGUGGCAUGAGCUUACAGGUUGGCAUUCCCACAGGUAUCCUGGCGACUCACUUCGGCGUCACUGUCGCCAACGAGGCCGGGGAAAACACCCGCCUCACGGCCGUCAGGCUGUCUGGAGAGGAGGAGGAUGACAGCUUUUCGGGCAAGGUCCUCAUAGGAGUUCUGCAAGGCUUCUCCAGAGCCAACCGCGCAGAGUGUGGGCCAGGGAAGCAUUCCUUGGCGCCCGACGGCUGGAAGGACAUCAUGGCCAGCAUGAUGAAGCGGACAGAUGCCUCGAUGAAGGCUGCCUUGCUUCUUCUCUCUGAGUGGCUGCAGCCUGCUGCACUCACGCUGGAGGACUGCGGCGCUACAGCAACGCACCGCCAGUUUGCAGGCGCCCUCAAACGUCUGAAGACUGGUACCAUGGUCUACCAACCUGGCCAGGUCCUGGAGCUCGACCAGGUGUCCAUCUUCAACUGGGUGAACACUGCAAUCGCCUCCUGGAGGAGGGAGGAGUAUGGGAUGUUCGGCCGAGAUCUUGGCAGUCUUCUUCGACAGCUCGCGGAAGCCUUCCCCGUCUCCGCUCGGGAUGACAAGGCCAGCCAAGGAGUUGCAUUAGUUCGUUAG